AUGAAUCAACAAUUUUAAAACUUCCUCAAUAUAACUAUUACUUAAAAUCUGAAAUGUGAAUUAGUUAGAGUGCGAUUGGCUAAACAAUUUAUUGUUGCAUAAAAGUUAAUAAAUGGAAAUCCAUCUUUAAUGAAGAAUCGAUUACUUUUUGGUUGA